AUGACACCUCCUGCUGUUAUUUCGAAUGCCCCGGCAUUUGGCUCCCUCUUGCUCGGGAGCCUAUCGCUCUACCAUGCACUUUUAUCUCAGUGCUCGCGCUCUUUUGCCAGCAGUCCCAAGGCAGACGAGAUUCGAGGUUUUAUAAAAACGAGAUUUCGGAAGGAUAGUAAGUUACAAAGUAUAAGCAAGAUAGCCAAUGCCCUUAGAGCCGGUCAUGAGGCCCUCGAUUUAUUUCAGUCAUAUGCUAGAAAGGAGAAAGAGAGUAUACAGCGUGUUGACUCCUUGCUUGCGGCUACUCGCUCUCUUUUGAAAAAGACUUUCGAGGAACGUCGAGACCAGGCCGCCAAAGCCACCCCUCUGGAUCGCACAUCGCCUACUUCGAGAGAACGAUUAAAACAGCGUUCCGAGGCACUUCGCGUGCAUACCGAUAGACAGUCCAUUCUUUCUCGGCCGAGGCCAGUAGUGAGAGGUCGACGUCGUGUGCCUGUUCUAGUCAGCGCACGGGGAAUACCUUUUCUGCGGAUCAAGAAACCGCAGCCUCGGAGCCUGAGCUACACAAUAAAGGGUCUACUGGACGCUCGGUGGAAAAGGAUUACAAUACGCGACAGAUUGGAGCAGGAACUGUUAAGGGCACAGGAUGAAGAUUUUUGGGAUCGCGUAACAGGCCACUGCGAUGUGGUACUCUGGGAAAUGAGCGUUAAGGACAGUUUAGAUUGUAUUAAAAAUACAAUUUUGGCAGGCGACCGGGUCAACAGGAGAAUGGCUCAAAACAUGUGGGAGGUUGUCUUGAAGGAGCGAGAAUUAGCAGAAAGAGAGGCCGCAGAAAGGAAGAAGCAACAAGCCAAGAUACCCAAUCCAGACGGAAAAUCAGACUCGAUAUGA